GUUUUAAAUAUAAUACGUAAACAAUUGCCACCUUGAUAUGUAAACCUGCCGAAUCACCUUUUGUGAGUUUGCCUUGGUCGAUGACGACAGACAGCCAAAUAGAUUCACAAAAAGAAACUGUGUCGAGAAAUUAAAACAAAAUUUAUAUUUUCACACUAUUAUAACAAUUUUAAAGGGUUUUUAAAUAACUUAAUAGUAAUAUUUAAAUCAAUAUACAACUAUAAUGUCUCAAGAAGUUGAAGAAAUUCUCAAACGUAUACAGUCACAUAAAGGUGUUGUCGGUACUAUAGUAGUCAACAACGAAGGCAUUCCAGUUAAAUCUACUCUUGAUAAUACCACUACAGUGCAGUAUUCCGGUUUGAUGAGUCAAUUGGCCGAUAAGGCUCGUAGUGUUGUGCGUGAUCUAGAUCCAUCCAACGAUUUAACAUUCUUAAGAGUUCGUUCUAAAAAGCAUGAAAUAAUGGUUGCUCCUGAUAAGGACUUUAUUUUAAUCGUCAUUCAAAAUCCAACUGACUAAGCUGCUUAUUUAGUCAUUUUAUUAUGUUUAAUUAAUAAUACAUUUUAAUUUGCAAAACUGAAAAUUCCUCUAAACUAUUAAAAACAUUUUCCCUUAAAUUUUAUUAAAAUAUUUAUAUUAUUAUAAAAUGAA